GCUCUCCGUACUCCAGCAGACACGUGACCAGAGGAAGUUAUAAAUAGAGGUGCUGCGUUCAAUUGUUUCUUUGACACACAGGCGGAGUGAAGAAAGACAUGGCGUCGACAAGCCGCGGAGAUGCUCUGGCCCUUCCAAGAGUUCAGUGUCCCAACCACCCUGAUGCCAUACUGGUGGAGGACUACAGAGCGGGGGACAUGAUUUGCCCUGAAUGUGGCCUUGUAGUAGGUGACCGUGUAAUCGACGUAGGCUCAGAGUGGAGGACGUUCUCCAAUGAGAAAGCCCUCAAAGAUCCAUCCAGAGUGGGAGAUGCCCAGAACCCACUGCUCAAUGGAGGAGACCUAACCACCAUGAUCAGCAAGGGGACAGGCGCAGCUAGUUUUGAUGAAUUCGGUAACUCCAAGUACCAGAACCGGCGGACCAUGAGCAGCUCUGACCGGGCCAUGCUCAACGCCUUUAAAGAAAUCAGCACCAUGGCAGAUCGCAUCAACCUGCCGAGGAACAUCAUAGACAGAACAAACAACUUAUUCAAGCAGGUUUAUGAACAGAAGAGCCUGAAGGGGCGAGCCAAUGAUGCCAUCGCUUCAGCCUGUCUCUACAUCGCCUGCAGACAAGAAGGUGUACCAAGAACAUUUAAAGAGAUCUGCGCUGUCUCUCGGAUCUCCAAGAAGGAAAUUGGCCGGUGCUUCAAGCUGAUCCUGAAGGCGCUGGAGACCAGUGUGGACCUCAUCACCACUGGAGACUUCAUGUCCCGCUUCUGCUCCAACCUGGGCUUGCCCAAACAGGUGCAGAUGGCGGCCACCUUCAUCGCCAGGAAGGCCGUGGAGCUCGACCUGGUGCCCGGCAGGAGCCCCAUCUCAGUGGCGGCGGCAGCCAUCUACAUGGCCUCCCAGGCCUCCGCAGAGAAGAAGACCCAGAAAGAAAUCGGGGAUAUUGCCGGUGUUGCAGAUGUUACGAUCAGACAGUCAUACCGACUCAUCUACCCACGCGCUGCAGAACUCUUCCCUCCAGACUUCAAGUUUGACACACCCGUCGACAAGCUGCCACAACUGUGAAGACAACGCUCCCUACACAGUGAUGAUAUUUUUCUGCUGUACUUACAGGAUUGUAUUCUUUUUUUUAAAAUCAUAUUUGUGUUGGAUUUGGAAGGUUUCUCUUGUCCCUCCUAAGACUUCAAGCCUUUGUUAAGGCACUCUCACAGGAAUAAAACGGACACAUUCCAGUGCUUAAAUAAACAGCUCUGCAGACUGUAUUUACAGUAUUUCAUUUGAGUGUAUAUACUGUAUCAUGUAUAUAUGUCCAAGUGGGAAAAUGUAAUUGAUGCUUGCAAUUUUAGGCUGGUUUCAUACUGUAUACAUAAAACUUUGUUUUUUUUGUAGAAAAAUGACCAGGUUCUAUUUUGUUAGUUUGUUUGAAUUGUUUCAAGUAAUUUAAAAAAAAAUAAAAGAUUUUCAUUAAAGCAGGUUAA